CAAAUGGAAAGUAAGCAAUACACCUUUUACGAGUGCCGACUGGAUGGAGAAAAAGUGUGCGUUGUGACUAAAUGCUUGGCUGUUACAUGCAUGGCUCUGAACAAAGUCCGCUACCUGGAGGCUAUCAAUCUACCGGUAUCUAUGGAUGGAACCCAUUGUUGAACAUUUUCAAGGCCACCCUGCUUGGUUGGUCAUAGGCCGUCAGUUCAGAACAGACGGCCCUGGGAGUUGCCUCUGAACAGCUGUUUCUCUGGAUUCGUGGAAGAAUUCGCCACCAUCAUUUUCGAUUGAGUAGAGCUAGCCUGGCGUCAUGGCAACCAGUGGAGAUGAGGGGUAUGAUGUGAUCAUUGUUGGAGCGGGGCUGUCUGGUCUGACUGCAGCGUACGCCAUUCUGCAGAAGAAACCAUCGGCCAGAGUACUAAUCAUUGAGGCUAUUGAUCGCAUCGGAGGAGACAUGUCGAGUGAAACGCUGAAAAGCUCCUCUGGAUCCAACGAAUGGGACACUUGUGGAAGUCGUAUCGGAAGUUCCCAAAAGGAGAUCCUGAAGCUUCUAGCAGACCUGGGCAUGGAGACACACCAACAGUACAACAAGGGCAACAAGUUCUGGAGACUACCGGACGGGAAACUCAAGAAAUUCUCUGGUGCCAUCCCUCCACUGCCUUACACGACCCUGCUAGAUGUCGUCAGAUACUUCAAGAAGGUCGAUGGUAUGCAGGGACAGAUCAACAUGGAGCGAGUCAAAGACUGCAAACAUGCUGAGGAGUGGGAUGGCAUGACAGUUGAAGAUUUCCUGAAGAAGUAUCUAUGGACAAAUAUUGGGAAGAUUACCAUUGAAACGAUGACCAGGUCAUUUUGUAACUCCAGUCCCUCCGAGUUGACAAUGAUGCAAUAUCUGUACAUCAUCCACACGUGUGGUGGCUGGGACCCACAUAUAAACAGCGGUGACAAGGGACGCUCGGAUCUGGUUAUUAAGGAUGGAGCCAUGUCACUGUGCCGUAAACUCACUGACAAAAUUGGCGAGCAGAACAUCGCGUUUGGAGAAACGGUCACCAGCGUCACAGAGCAAGGUGGCCAGAUCAAACUCAGCAUGGAGUCUGGGAAGGAAUACCGCACACAGCAAGUCAUCAUGGCCAUACCCUGCAGGCUAGCAGGUCAUGUGACCUACAAUCCUCCACUGCCAUUGGACAGAGGCCGAACUCUUCCAAAGAACAAUGAUCUGAUCAUGAGCCUGAUCACCUAUAAGUCGCCUUUUUGGCGCGAAGCAGGCCACACUGGGGAAUACCUCAACAUGGCCGCCAGUGCACCUAGCAACCCAGGCAACGUGGAUGACACACUAGUCAUAACCUUUGACAUGACCUUACCAGGAGGUCAGCCAGCCCUGGAGGCCUUCAGCAAUCCCGCCAAACUGCAGGGAAAGUCGAAAGAAGAGCGGAAAGACAUCGUCCUUCGUUUACUGAGUGACGUCUUUGGCCCUCAAGUCCUGGAUUGCCUGGACUAUACAGAGAGAGAAUGGGUGAGCGGGCCGGUCACCGACGCCGACAGAGCACCAGUCAGUAAGUCCUCCGAACUUCUGGCCGCGGUCACGAAGCCGCAUGGAAGGGUGCAUUGGGCCGGCUCGGAUGCCGCAACGGCGUGGUGCGGUACUCUCAACGGCGCGGUACAAGCAGGACAGCGAGCGGCAGACGAGAUUAUUGCAACGAUCUAGUAACGCUGGUCUUUGGACUGUAAAUCCCCUAAACGGCAGGCCUCAAUACUCAACCUCUCCAUACAAUUGCCAGAAUUCCACUGUUUCAUUGGUAGGCUGUUGUUUCAAGAUCUGUUUUAAAGAUGUACAAGUUCAAGUUUAACACCAAAUUUGUUUGCGGCUGGACAAUAAUUCAAUUCUCGGAAGGGCGUUCUUGCCCCCAUAUCGGGACCAAUAAUGUUGGGACUUGGGAUCAGUCUGUUUGCAAUGCGCAUACCCCUCUCGUGUGAAUACCUCUCACGGGAGUGGAUUAGCUUGAUCACAGAGCUCGUGGAGUAUGCUUGGAAAUUCCUUGGUAGCUCUGCCAAAAUUCCCAAGACUAGAUUUGAUUCAUAGUCUUGUUGAUACUUAGCUCUACUGUGGUAAAGCCACCGGGCUUUUACCACAUUUUUCAAGGGCUGGCUGUUUGAGUGGAAUGAAUUCAAAUUCCAAUCUGGGACCAAGACUAAUUUGAGAAAAUCACAACCAACAUGCAUAAUCAGAAGGUCGAUUUAAAUAAAAAAGACACUUGACCUUUUACUACCUCAUUAACAUAGGUCAGUGAGUAUGCAGGCUGCUUUUUUGCAUAAUUGUUCAGACUAUUGAGGUUUGCCCGCAGUCAAAAAUGUUGCCAAUAACCGGGGAAACCUUAAAAUUGUUUAAUUCAAACUUGAUGAAGGACUUUCAGUACUCAGUCUAAUUCUUCCAUCUUUUUUCCUAGCAGUUGAAACACGUAACGUAAGAAAUAUCUUCUAUCUGUUACCUUUCUCGAUCUCUGUAUCAAUUGAUUGCAAUAAUGUGAUUUUAUGUUUAGAUAUAUAUUGAUAUUUUAAGAAAGAUGUUAUGAAAAAAAUUGCAAUAUAAUUGUUGGGUUUUUUUUGGUAAUUUUAUAUUCUGCCUGAGAAUUUUAGAUGUAGUAUUAAUCAUGAAUAUUGUCACCGUUUUCACGAAGGGGCAAAUUUCAUGAAAAUCGCUUGCUUUCGAAAUUUGUGUUUUAGUGAAAAUGAAUAAUUUUUCAAUAUCUACCACCUGGAAAGGUUUUACUUUCCAAAAUUAAUUAAAAUCUUAAGUAACCUAAUAAACGAAAGGGCGAAUUUGCCAAAAGUGCCGUUCUGCGUUUUCAAGAAGGGGCGAAUUUCUGCACUCUAUGGUAUUAAUAAAGUUUCAGUCAAUAAAUACAUUGUAAUACAAUGGCGCGUAUAGGCGAACUCGAGGUGAAUUUCAAGGCGUAUGUGCAGUGGGGCAGAAUCUGCGCGUACUGUACAAAAAAUGCAUUGACUGAGACCGCAGAAGGGUGAAAUCUGCGCGUAGUUACUUUAGCAUUUUCACGAAGGGGCAAAUUUGCUAAUUGGUCUUUUUUUUUUUUCGUUUGCAUGAACAGCCACUUCUCUUUAUUGUGAAAAACUAAUCACCUAUUUUUCUUAAAGUUUGCUACAUUUAGGAAGAUUAGAAGCUCUUCUUUCUUCUGAUACUUAAAUCUUGCAUAUUUCAUGCAUCUUUAAGAUUCAAAUUGUCAAAUGGAAAAAAGGACCAACUUUAAACGUGAUUAUCUCGACUAUUGGUUCAGACAGUGAAAUACUAAAUGUGAAAACGGUGACGAUAUGUAUGAAUAUACGCAUAUUCAUUAUAGAGCAAAACAGUGAUUAGUAUUUUGUUGUUAAAAAAAGGUGUCAUAGGAAGUAUGAACCCUAUGAAGUUUGAAUGGAAUCUCAGCCUUACCAAUGUUUGUGAGGUCUCUAUGCUCUGUGCACCAGUUCAUUAGGUAUGCAAGCAAUGCGUCUGUAUUUUGCUAAUAAAAUUUAAAGCAUGUAUCUAGAAAACAGAAAAGUAUAAUAAUAUCUUAACAUUAAAAAAAGUUUGUAAAAAACAAUCUAGACCUACUAAUUUUAUUGUGAUUCCUGAUUUGUUUUGGCAAGAAGCAAGCUUGAUGUCUCUCAUAUGAUGCAGCAGAAAUAUAUUUCCGUUUAAAUAGAUAAAAAUCGACGAUAAACGCAACAAAACAAAUUCCUCAAAACUUGCAUAUUUUGCUGUGAAAAUAAUAAGAUGAGUGCUUUACUGACAUGUAAGCAGCUCUUUUUGGUACAAAAAUAUUGCUGCUGUCCAUGUUGUGCAUUUUUAUUUUCCCACAGUUUUGGUUAAUUUUCAAUUAAUCACAAACUGUGGAUUUCAGUUCACGCAUUUAUGGAUUAUGAUUUUGAAUAUUAAAACUAGGUAAGUGUGUAACUUUCAAAUGUAAAACAUUUUUCACUCAGUUUACUCCUAGCAAUAUUUUCAUUUAUUUAAAGCCACAUUUUGAAUGAGUAAAAUAAAAGCAAAAUUUUUAUUUACA